AUUACUAACCAGUUCUGUGGGUUGGGGAGUAGGCCAAAGCCAACUGCUUGGUUAUAAAAAGCAUGCCUUGUCCAAGGGGGUUAGGGCAGGAUUGGAAACCAAAUAUUUCUCUUAGCCCCAGCAAGGCAUUUCUGAUAACCACAGUCAAACUACAGCUGUAAUUUCCCUAGUUUAUAUAUAGACAGAGAUGAAUGUGUGCCUCAGCACCACAGCAUAUAAAAGGGUUGUCCCCGCCUGGCUCUCUCACAGGCUGUCAUUUGCUGGGAAAAGGUGCAUUUCUCUCCAACUAGAAUUAUGGACACAUCUUACCCGCGUGAAGACUACCUGCCCAUGACAUCCCAAAAGCAGGAACCGUCCCCCACAGUCAUCACCGUCAGGCCUCCGGUGGUCCCACGAGACUACAUGAUCUGGUCUAUCUUCAACACCAUCUAUAUGAACCUCUGCUGCCUCGGCUUUGUGGCCCUUUCCUAUUCUGUCAAGGCAAGGGACCAGAAGGUGGCUGGUGACCUGGAAGCUGCUCGUCGCUAUGGCUCCAAAGCCAAAUGCUACAAUGUCCUUGCAACCUUGUGGAAUGUGGUGGUGCCAUUAGUGCUCAUUGCACUGGUAGUCACUGGGGUGCUCCACCUGUCCAAGCUGGCUCAAGAGUCCAUGGACUACUUGGCUUUCAGGCUCUUCCCUAAUGAAGACGAAGAUAAGAAGUGAGCGGAAUAACUUUAACUUUCCUGGAAGUGUCUUUUUGACACUAAGAGACUGUCAACUGAUGUAACCUCCAACUGUCUGCCUCUGACCACUGCACAAUGCAAAAUCUCUGCUCAUUCAAACUCAGGUCCUCUGGUUCAUUUCACUAUUGUAUUCAUAUGGAUUCAGUUUCACAGCUCACCUUUGACUAGAGCUGCAGCUGAUAUAGACAUUCACGCUUGAUGGUUGGGAUAGUCUCAAUGCUGGGCUAUCAGCAGCAGUGUUUUGAACCUGCUGCACUAUAUUGUUUUCUUCUCCAUUGCUACCCACUGUUCUCAAUUUCUGUGUUUCCUCUACUGGCUGACAACAUGUAACAACUACACAGAAAUCUUAUACACAAAUAGGAAUAUUAAAUAUGUUUGUGGAAUCCCUCAUCAUAUUCACAAAUAUACAAACUUUUGUGUUGCAUCUUUUAAAAACACUGUCAGUUUGUUUCUAGUGCCAAAAUGAUUUGUCAUGAACUGGCUGGAUUCAAGAACAAGGUAAUGCUAAGUGAUGUUAAGUUCAGUGUUGAUGGAGUGGUUUGUCUGUAGAAACAUGUUUAAUCUAUUAACCAGGGCAGGGCAUGAUCAAGCCAAUAUCCUUUUUAGAAUGAGUGUCCAAGUAUUGUUGGAAUGCAAGUACCAACAGCCUUAGCUAUAGCUAAUGAUAAAGAGCAUUGAAGGUUGCAGCCCAGUGUCUGAAAUUGAAGGUUGCAGCCCACUGUCUGAAAUGCCACACCUCAUGCAUCCAAACCAUCAAAUCUGAAAAAAAAACCUUAGAAUCUUCCUUCAAACCUUGUUGUUUCUUCCUUAAGCAUUGACCCCAGACUGUCUUGAUUGUUACUAUUUAAGUGAUUGCAUACUUUUGUAACUCAUUUGUCUUGUAUACAUGACCGUGAUAAUAAAAUAAUACUAUUUCUUUUCAA